CCCAUAUACUCAUCAUCAUAUAUCGAUCCCUCUGCAACUCAAAUCGCACCCCUUCAGUGGUCUAUAGCUACUUCUUAGCAGGCCUCUGUUGGGUGCUACCUCUCUGCUCAACUCUCCUCACAUCCAUCAGCAUAUAUUCUCUGAAUAUAAGAUGGCGGGUGGUCUAAGCAAGAGUUUACACUCUUCUUCUCAUUUCAUGAAGAACAUGGAGCAAGAAGCCAAAGUCACUGAGAAGCAGGGGAUCGUCACCAUUCUCGGCUCCGACUGUGAAAGAAACAAAGCUGCUUCUCUGCGACGAACACUGUCGGCUGACAUGUCGUCCAAGAAAUGGCUGGCUCAACAAGGUUUCUUCUCUCCCAUGAAAAAGAUUGCAUCAUCUCAACAGCUCUCCAUGUCCAUAGAGGACAGCAACUCAUCUUCCUCCUCCGAUGAGGACGAGGAUCGUUUCCGAAACAGGAAGGCUCAACAACAGAAGAUGUUCCAUAUAUGGACCCCCAUCGAUCAAGAUGAUCAGAUUCAUCAGAAGAAGAAGAAAGAGAUUGCUGAGGGACAGUUUGACAUCUGGAGCUCACUGGUCAAGGAUGGAGCAAAAAACGAAGAAAACAAGUCGGUGGUUCCAGAAGCACCUUAUGUUCAUCCUCUUGUGAAGAAACAAUCGAGCUCUUUGAAAGGAAAGAGUCUUGAAGUGUGCACUGAAAGCCUCGGAUCCGAGACUGGUUCUGAAGGCUUUGCAUCAUACCCUUCUUCAGAAACCGGAGACAUAGUAGUCGAUCGCAAAGAGGAAGAACAAGUGGCAGAGAAUCAACAACAACAACAAGAUCAAGAGAAACAAGUGAAUACACAAGCAGUUGCGCACGUGGAAGAGUUUCGAGUUGUCAAGUACAACGCUGCUGCUGCUGCUGCUGUUGCUCCUGCUAAUAAAUCAGCUGCGGUGGCUCGAUCAUUUCCUCCUCCUAUCCCAUCUUUAUCGGGUUCCGAUGGAGCGUCACUUCGCAUUAAGACUCACCGGGACAACGGGCGAGUAGUCCUUGAAGCCGUGUCGAUGCCUUCUACCAAUAACUUCCGUGCUGAACGCCAAGACGGCCGGCUUGUCCUCACUUUUGUGAGUGCUACUCCAAGAUCUUGUGAGGAGUACUCAGAGAAUGAAGAAGUGGUUGCUGAAGAGCAGAAAGAGAAAGAGUUCGAGGAGAAGUUUGUCAACUUUUCGGAGAGCGAGAGCGAGAGUGAGAAAGAGGAUGAGGAGGAAGUUGAGGUUGAGAAAGUAGUAGGAAAGCAAAGUGGAAUCAAGGAAAUAGAGAUUGUGAUGGAGGAAGCACCAAAAAUGUUGACAAGUAGGGUGACAAAUGUUCAUAGGCUAGCACUAAUGAUGAAAAAGCCAGUUGGGUUAGCUAAUAGGAGUCAUGGGUGGGCUGCUAACAAGUUUAACCAAGUAGUUAAGUAUGGAGGUGAUGAGGAGGAGGUAACAAUGAAGCCAGCACCAUUAGCACAAUCACUUCCACCACGGCCCGGCCGUGUGGCUCGGUUGAUACCUAAGUCACCGGCCGCAGCGACAGCAACAGCCGCCACCGCAGCUUCUUUGAAUGCUUACGAGUACUAUUGGCGCACCAAGCCCGCAGCAGCUCUGAAUCCACUUUCCCAAGCCGCUUCCCCGCCCAUGAAGAGCAAGGACCCCAUGGCAAACCAGCAGCAACAAUUGCUGGCUCUGAGAGGCAACAAAGGGGAUCACAUUGUUCCUUUGUCAAAGGGCUGCAAAGAGCCUAGAAGCAGGUCUCUUCUAUUCUGGGAGCCUUACUGCAUUGCCACUUCAUGAUCAUGAUCAUCGUCCACAUCCUCUCGGAAUUAACCCUAUGAAGUGUUGAUCCAAAUCCAUUGUUACUUGCUACCCAUUAUUAAUUUACUCUAUCAGUCCUCUCUAGCUCGUAAGGUUUGUGUAGUCAAUUAAUAAAAGAGAAGGAAGGGAGAGACAACUUUGAUUUAGAGAUCAAAUCAAUGAUCACAAAGAAAGAUAGCAGCAGACAUUUCAAAUAGUAUGUGCGUGCCAUAAUUUUAUAUAAGUUCCUUUUGUUGUGGUAUCUACAACAAAAUCAUAGCGUCAUCUUUAACUUUGGAGUAUUGUCUUGUAUAUCUAUGAUAUUAUGAUUAUGUUGUUUUAAAACUAG